AUGGCGACCAACACCUUAGACAAGCCCGUCCGGGUAAAUGACUUGAUCCUCGUCUACAACACCAAAAAACGGCACAUGCUAGUCGUCAAAUCUGUCUCUGACGAUCAGCAAAUUAGCCCUCCCACAUCAUCGGUCUCCGUCAAGAAAGUCAACUGGCAUGUUCCAGACCUUGAAGACGAGGACGAUGAUUAUUGCUUGUGUGAGAAGAAUUCCAAUAACAAUCCCGCGACUCGCCUCGACCUUUUCCUAUACUCCAUGACAUCUUCCGAUGACACACAAAACUCACAGGUAAAUGGACGUGACGUCCUGGAGCAUUACUUCAAAGGUCGGUGUCCCAACUGUAACGGCAAGGGGUGGUUCUGUCCUGGGUGUGGCCCAGUUAGCGACCUCUUUCCGGACAUCGGGGGCAGCUGUGCCGUGGACCAAGCGUGUCCUAUGUGUAUGGGCUACAACUUUGCUCUCAAUGACAAGGCCUGGAUAGCCGAGAUUGAAGAUAUCGAAGCCCGCCGCUUUAACUGGAAUGAUGAUGGCCGAGAGCUGGUUGAUGACGAUGAAUUAGAAAGACUAAGAGAUGAGGCUGUCGAAUCAACAAAAGAGCGUUAUGAAGCCAUCAAUAAAAGAAGACAAAAGAUGGGUAUGCUACCGAAAGAUUUCGAUGAUCUUGUAGAGGAGUGCAGAGCAGGGUUUGACAUGAAUUAG